UUCCAAGGAGGGAUUCGGGUCAGUGGAGAAGGUCGUGCUGCUCACCUUUCUUUCGGCAGUCAUCCUGAUGGCCAUCCUGGGCAACCUGCUGGUGAUGGUGGCUGUGUGCAGGGAUAGGCAGCUCAGGAAAAUAAAGACCAAUUAUUUCAUUGUGUCUCUUGCCUUUGCUGACCUGCUGGUUUCAGUGCUGGUGAUGCCAUUUGGAGCCAUCGAGCUGGUCCAAGACAUCUGGGUUUAUGGGGAGAUGUUUUGCCUUGUCCGGACAUCUCUAGACGUCCUGCUCACAACAGCAUCAAUUUUUCACCUGUGCUGCAUUUCCCUGGAUAGGUACUAUGCCAUCUGCUGCCAGCCUUUGGUUUACAGGAAUAAGAUGACCCCUCUGCGUAUCGCGCUGAUGCUGGGAGGCUGCUGGGUUAUCCCCAUGUUCAUCUCUUUUCUCCCAAUAAUGCAAGGCUGGAAUAACAUUGGAAUAGUUGAUUUGAUAGAAAAAAGGAAAUUCAACCAGAACUCCAACUCCACCUACUGUGUCUUCAUGGUCAACAAGCCCUACGCCAUCACCUGCUCGGUGGUGGCUUUCUACAUCCCGUUUCUGCUCAUGGUUCUGGCCUAUUACCGCAUCUAUGUCACCGCCAAGGAGCAUGCCCGCCAGAUCCAGGUGUUACAGCGGGCAGGUGCCCCUGCUGAGGGCAGGCCCCAGCCGGCCGACCAGCACAGCACUCACCGGAUGAGGACGGAGACCAAAGCGGCCAAGACCCUGUGCAUCAUCAUGGGCUGCUUCUGCCUCUGCUGGGCUCCCUUCUUCGUCACCAACAUCGUGGAUCCUUUCAUAGACUACACCGUCCCUGGGCAGCUGUGGACUGCUUUUCUCUGGCUUGGCUAUAUAAAUUCUGGGUUGAACCCCUUUCUCUACGCCUUCUUGAAUAAGUCUUUUAGACGUGCCUUCCUUAUCAUCCUGUGCUGUGAUGAUGAACGCUACCGAAGACCUUCCAUUCUGGGCCAGACUGUCCCCUGUUCCACCACCACCAUUAAUGGAUCCACACAUGUGCUAAGGGAUACAGUGGAGUGUGGUGGCCAAUGGGAGAGUCAGUGCCACCCUGCAGCAAGUUCUCCUUUGGUGGCUGCUCAGCCCAUUGACACUUAG